AUGGGGAAGACAUCUAAACAAACCAAGAAGUUUCAAAACAAACAUUUGAAACAUACCAUUGAACAACGUAAGAAAGUCCAAGAACAUAAUAAGAAAUUCGCUACCAGAAAAAAGGGAAAGAAAUCUGAUGAUGCUACAACCACCGACAAGCCAAAAAGGGCAGAUGGAAAGGCUAAAGAAGUCUUUGAAGAUAUGUCAGUAGAUGAAUUCUUUGCUGGUGGAUUUGAAGUGCCUAAGGAAAAGAAGAGCAAGAAACAAGCAAACAAGAAAAAGCAAGAAUCCGAAGAUGAAUCCUCAUCUGAUGAAGAAGAUGAAGAUGCUAUGAAGGAAAGUAUGAAGAAAUUGGAAGAUCAAGAUCCUGAAUUUUAUAAAUAUUUAAAGGAAAAUGAUAACGAUUUAUUGGAUUUCGAAGGAGUUAAUCCUUUGGAAGCUAUGGGAGAAGAAGACUCUGAUGAAGAAAUGGAUGAUGAAGAAGCAGCAGAAGACGAAGAAGAACAACAACCAAAGGGAAAGAAAGAUGCCGGAUCCAAGGUGGAAAUAACUUUACAAUUAGUUAAGAAAUGGGAUGAACAACUUCAAAAGCCAAGUCCAAAAAUCAUUAGAAACAUUACUAUUGCAUUUAAAGCAGCUGUUAAUAUUAAUAAAUCAGAUGAAGAAGAUUAUAAAUAUUCAAUUACUGAUCCAAAUGCUUUUUCAAGUUUAAUGUUAUUAGUUCUUAAGAAACUUCCAAUUGCCAUUCAAAAGUUAAUCAAAUACAAGACCAACCCGCAAGGAGUUAGAACAAUUCCUCAAAAGAAUCAAUAUUUAAGUCAAAUUUCCAGUAUAUUAAAAUCUCAUGCUGGAUCCUUUAUUGUAUUAUUAAAAGAUAUUACCAAUACUGAAACCGCUGCAUUGGUCUUAGCUUCAAUCUAUGAAGUGAUUCCUUAUUAUUUAUCCCAUAGAAGAUUAUUAAAAGAAAUCUUAUCUUCAAUUGUUGAUGUUUGGGCAAGUACAAUAGAAACAGAUACCCAAAUUGCAACAUUUGCAUUCUUAAACAAUGUUGCUAAAGAAUUCCCUAAAUCAGUUCUUGAAACUAUUUUGAAAUUAACUUAUUCAUCCUUUUUACAAAAUUGUAGAAAGACAAAUAUUCAUAGUAUGCCCCAAAUCAAUUUCUGUAAGAAUUCUGCUGCUGAAUUAUUUGGAAUUGAUGAAGUAUUGAGUUAUCAAGUUGGAUUUGAAUAUGUUAGACAAUUAGCUAUUCAUUUAAGAAAUAGUAUUAAUGCUACAUCAAAUGCUAAAGAAGGUUAUAAGACUAUAUAUAAUUGGCAAUAUUGUCAUUCUUUGGAUUUUUGGUCAAGAGUAUUAGCACAACAAUGUAAUCCAGAAAGAGAACUUAUGAAACAUAAAUCAAAGGAAUCUCCAUUAAGACAAUUGAUUUAUCCAUUAGUUCAAGUCACUUUGGGGACUAUAAGAUUAAUCCCCACUGCCCAAUUUUUCCCAUUAAGAUUCUAUUUAAUUAGAUCCUUAAUGAGAUUAUCACAAUCCACUGGAGUUUUCAUUCCUAUAUUCCCCUUGAUUUCAGAAAUCUUAACUUCAACAGCCAUGACUAAAUCUCCUAAGAAUGUUAAUUUACAAGCAGUUGAUUUUGAUCAUAAUAUUAAAGUGAAUCAAGCAUAUUUAGGUACAAGAGUUUUCCAAGAUGGAUUAUGUGAACAAUUUUUAGAAUUAACCAGUGAAUUCUUUGGACUUUAUUCCAAGAGUAUUGCAUUCCCUGAAUUGGUAACUCCUGCUAUUUUAACUUUAAGAAGAUUUAGUAAGAAAUCAAGAAAUGCUAAAUUUAAUAAACAAUUACAACAAUUGGUUGAAAAAUUGAAUGCGAAUGCAACUUUCAUUGCUGGAAAGAGGUCAAAUGUUGAAUAUGGUCCUUCUAAUAAAACCGAAGUUCAAUUGUUUUUGAAAGAUUUUGAAUGGGAAAAGACUCCAUUGGGUCAAUAUAUUGUUGUUCAAAGACAAGCUAAAGAAGAGAAAUUGAGAAUUUUGAGAGAAACUUUAGAAGAAGAAGCUAAGGCUAAGAAACAAGCUAGAGAAGAACAAGAAGAUGAUUCUGAUAUAGAGAUUGAUGCCAUUGAAGCUGAAGAUGAAGAAGAAUCUGAAGAAGAUGAAGAUUAG